CGAUCACCGAGCCGGAGACCUGCAGCCUGGGAUUCUCCUGGAGAGUGGAAAAUGAGUAAACUGGGGGGAAUCCAACACACAGCGAGGGCACAGCCACAACAAAAUGGACUCUAAAUCCCUGGACAGCUGCAUCCAGAGCGCCCUCUCGGCGCUGUACCCGCCCUUUGAGGCCACCGCCGCCACCGUGCUCUGCCAAGUCUUCGACGUGGUUGAGGGGACGUACCGCGGGGACGGCCUGCGCUACCUGAUCGACUUCCUGGUCCCGGCCAAACACAUCCUCCAGUGCAUUCAGCAGGAUGCCUGUUUCCCAUACGAUGGGUUCCUGUUCCGUCACGAAGGCUGGCCUUUGUGCAUCCAUGAGAAGAUCAUAAUCCAACUGUCCUCUCUGGACUGGCGUGUGCUGCGGCCUGGAGACUUCUAUCUGCAGGUGGCACCCUGCCUAAAGAGUACACCACGCAUAGUGCUCAAGUGCCUUGCCUGGGAGGGGCAGAAUGUGGAGGAGGUGGAGGUGCCUGAGAUAAGCUAUACCUCCAUCUUCACCAUGGACUGGCUGGACUCCAUCAACAGGGAGCGGAUGGGCACAGCCCUGGAGCACUGCCUCUUAGCUACGGACAGUGACAUAUUCCGCGUGCCCUGGGAAGACGUGGUCCACCCGGAGUUCAUUAACAAAGCUAAAAUGAUUGAGGGUGUGUCCCCGAUGGCCAAGGUUGUGGAUGGGGAACCGGUCCCCAGGGGGGUGCAGGACAGCCAACCUGAAGGAAGGGACAUGAGCCCCACUAUGACCCCACAGGAAGAGGACAGUCAGAUUCAAGGGGCCAAACUCCUUUCAUCGCAGAGACUGUUACAGAGGGACAACAGCAGCUGCCAGCAGGGAUCAGACAAUGCCCAGGAUGACUCCGACCCCGAAGGAGAAUACGUGGAGCUGGUUGACAUUACGCUCCCACGUUUCUCCCCCCAGAAGGGGUCGUUGACUCAGUCCAUCACCCUAAAUUACAAAAACCAAAAAACAAGGACUAACGGGCACACUCAGUCCAAAAUGCUGGAGUCCCCUUUCAAAAGUAACACUUCCUCUGCAACUGCGCUUUGUACAAACCUCAUCGAAGAUGACCUUAGUGACAGCCCUUCAAAACUCUCAGACUGUCCUGUUAUCUUAACCCCCACUAAGACAGAAGCUAUGAGCGAACCAUUGACAUCAAAGGACCUCACAUCCAUCUGUUUGGAAGGUACAGCUUUGGAGAGCAUUGCUGAUGUGUCUGAGUCUGAUAGGUCAGCUUGUGAUGUCCCUGUAGUUGUUAGCUUACAGAGCCACGGCAGUACCCUCAGCAUGCAGUCAGACAGCUCUGGCAUUCCUGCAGAUUUAAGAGAUCUGCUAUUGAGUCAUGGGGCCAGCUCAGUAGCUGCUGAAGAAUGCAGCGUGUUUCCAGGCGGAGCUGUUGAUGAGGGCAGCGGUAGUGAUUCAUUGCGCGGGGCCGAUGAGGCACACAGCCCGGGCGGUACUGCUGACAGGGCUGGUAACAGGCGUGACGGCGAGCCGACAGACCCAGAGCCUGUCCCCAUUGCUGUGAAUUCCCAGAGGCAGGCAGGCACACAAAGAGAGGGCAGUGAGGGUCAGGUCCAGGAAGAGUCCGAUGGUACAUCCCUCUCCCCCAUCCCACUCCAGACUCCACAGACAGACGUUCUGUUUGAGGAGGAUAAUCCUCUGUUUAGUGCACACACCACUCUGUCUUCUGGGACAGUGAAGGGUGAUCAUCUUAAAAGCGGCCCCACUGAAGUGGAAUCCGGCAUCCCUGGUUUCAGAGGCCUCACACCGGAACAGGUAGAGGACCAUGGCAGUAGCUGUGUCACAGAGCAGGGUCAGGUUACAGCUAAUGAGGGGAGUGAAGAAGUGACAGCAGGCAUGGACACAGGUUUCUCAGAUCAACAGGAUAGAGACUGUGAGAUUGAGGAAAAGAUGGAGUCAGGGUGGCCUGUUGAGGAAGGGGAGAGUGACUUGGGGCAGAGACAGGCAGAUCUGUCAGAGAUCAUACCCCAGCAAGGUGCGGUAGCAGCAGCAGCAGCAGCUCAGAGGGAGAACAGCAAAGGUGAGACUGGAGUGAUAGAAGACUGUAGGCAGCACAAGGAAGAGGAGGAGGAAGAGGAUAAGGAGGAGGAGGAGCAGCAGCAGGGAGGGAGUAGGAGCAUUACAGAAGGCUCAGGUCCAGAUCAGCCAGUAGCAGCUCAGAUAGAGAGCAGGGAGGGAGGCGCGGAUGGGCGUGUGGAAUGUGCCACGGACAGUGGGCAAAUCCCUUUUAACAACAGUGUUCCUGGUACUGAGUCAGGAGGGUCACAUGGCCCGGGGCUCCCGGCGAGCGGGGCUGGUUCCGGCGGACUGCACUCACAGCACACGCAGACACCGGAGGACACAGACUCUCUGCAGGAUGGCCAAGGCUCCCCAGCCACCAAUGUAGAGGGGCAGAGGCCAGAGGACGGGUGCAGGGGUGAAGCACAGACACAGAGGGUAGAGGCACAGACCUCUCAGUCUGACAUGACUCUGGACCUUAAGGGCUCCUCUGUAGGGGGAGAGCAAGGAGAAACCAACAAGUCUCAGCAGCAAGGCUCUGGUCAUGGAGAGGAGGUGAGACUGCUGCCUGGCAGUGAGCCCUCUGCUCUAGGGAAGCAAGUUGGUGACGACAGUGUGAUUGUGAAGCAGCAGGACUCUGUCUGUAUCUUACCAGCCCCUUCAAAGAGCCAGCCUGCUCUCACUGAGGCUCAUAAUAUCAACAGAGAUGUGCUCAACUCUGGAGUGCUGUGCUUGCCUGGUACGAGAGACAAAUGCGGGCGGGCCCUUGUGAUAGUGACCACUAGAAAUACAAUUUGGUUGAAUCCAAACUGCAACAGCAGUGAGCUUGUACGGAUUCUGUUAUACUUCUACACCAUAAUCAGGAAGGAAGUGAGUGGCCUCGGUUUGACUGUCCUGGUGGAUGCUCGUAGAUGUUCUCCUGUUCCUGCUCUUUUCAAAGCAUUUAAUAUCCUGCAGGAUGCUGUGCCUGGCUGUAUUCACACCGUUCUGCUGCUGGCUGAUAGAGACCUCACCUUCCGCAUGGAGAAGCCCUCUGCCAUGCAGUUUGAGCUCCUCACCUCGAUCAAAUCUCUGCACAAACACGUCGACAACACCCAGCUCCCAACUGAGUUUGAUGGCACCUUCCCCUUCUGCCACAACAGCUGGACCUGCUUUCGAACGAGAGUGGAGCAGUUGACCAGCAGCUGUGAGGAUGCCAUCAGCCUCCUGAAGAACAGCAUCUCCAGCUUGGAGGCCUCUACACUGCCAGCAACGGCUGAGGAAGCUCAGGUGUUACUGUGCAGGUACAGGGACCUGAUGCGCAGCGUGCUGGAGGACAGCAGGCUGGUGCGACUACAGCUAGAGGGAGGAGCCGCACUGUCCCGCCUCAGGAAGGAGGAAUCCAGCGUCAGUCUCACUGAGGACUACAGAGAUGCCAUCGAGACGGUCAGCAGGCUCUACAACCAGGUGGACGAGCUGGUGCACCGGCUGGUGAUGCUCUCUAACAAGUGCACCCAGGAACUGGAGUUCAUCAUGGAGUUUAAGACCCUGGAGGAAGGCUUCAAGGAGGUGAGAGGCUGGAUCGAGCAGGUGGGGGAGAACCGGCUUAAGACCCUAGGGGAGCUGGAGGAUUCCCUGGAACAGCUGCACAGAAAACAGGCCCUCUUCAAAGACUUCUACGCCGCUGCAUACGAGCACUGUAAGAGCGGGGAGGCCCUGCUGAAGAGGCUGGAGAGGUGGGAGGAUGUGUCCUCAGCGGAACUGCAGGUGUACGAGGUGAAGGUGCGCUCCUUCUGGGUGCACCUCAGGGACUUCUCCCAGAGGGUGGAGGACACCAAAGACAAAGUGGACAAGACUGUCAAACUCUACGAGUUCUUUGACAAGGCGUACGAGUGGGCACUAGAGGGCAUGCGCCACCUGGCCUGCAUCAGUAUGGAGGACUGCGGCAUGCCAGAGAAGUGCCACGCCGUCAUCAAAUGCCUGGAAGGUUACCGCCGGCAGCACCCCGAGAUCCCGGAUGCCCGGUUCCAGGAGAUGAAGGAGCUGGCGGGGGAGCUGAAGAGUGACAAGGGACUGAAGCAGUGGAAAUUCGCCUGGUCCAAGUGCCAGGAGACCAAGCAGAUGUUUGAGAAGAAGCUGGAGGCGGCGCUGCGGACACGUCGCUCCCUGCCUGUGGACAGCACCUCCGCAAAGGACAGCGUGGAGGCUGCGCCCAGGCGCCACUCAGAUGGAUCGGACCCCCUGCAGGGGCGUAGUAGCAGUGUGUCCUUCUCCUGCAGGAAGGCCUUCUCGGGGGGCUGGGGCAGAGACAGACUGGCCACGCUAUCCUCCGGGACACCCUGCAGUCCUGCCAGCAGCAGCCCAGAGGCUGGAGACAGUGGCUUCCUCAAAAGCCCCGCCUCUAGCCUGUUCAACAUGGACCAGAGAGUCCCCCGUACCCCCCCGAACUCCCACCGGCUGACCCGGAGCACCUCCACAGAUGAUUCUCCACAGAGAGCACGGUUGGAGGCCCAGGCCCGGGUCAGCUCCUCUACCUUCAGUCCGGGGCUUCCCAUCCUGGAGGCGGGCCGGCGUGUUCUGAGGAAAACGCAGAGCUUCGACGCACCCAGCACUGUGGAGGGGCCGCGCUAUGGGACCUGCCAGCGCACACUGAGUGAGCCGGCCAGGCGGGGCAACACUGGCGUCUUCAUCAAGGGCCUGGAGGUGAGCAGCACAGAGGUGGCAGACCGCUCCUACAGCCCCCGCCUGGCCGCUCACAGCUGGACCCCUUCAGACAGCCUGAGGAACAGCACCCCCGUCCCCGAAGCCAGAGCCAAGGGCAGUAAGCUGCGUCACAUCGUGGACGAGAUGGUGACAACAGAGCGGGAGUAUGUGCGGUCAUUGCGCUACAUUAUCGACCACUAUUUCCCUGAGAUGGAGCGGCUGGACCUGCCGCAGGACCUGCGGGGCAAGCGGAGUGUCAUCUUCGGGAACCUGGAAAAGCUGGUGGACUUCCACAGCCAGUACUUCCUCAAAGAGCUAGAGAGCUGCUGUAACCACCCCCUCCGCGUCAGCCACUGCUUCCUCCGACACCAAGACCAGUUUGGGCUGUAUGCCUUGUACAGCAAGAACAAGCCAAAGUCUGAUGCUCUGCUGGCCAGCCAUGGAAACUCCUUCUUCAGGAACAAGCAGCUGGAGCUGGAGGACAAGAUGGACCUGGCGUCCUACCUUCUGAAGCCCAUCCAGCGCAUGAGCAAGUACGCCCUGCUGCUCAAGGACCUGAUCAAGGAGGUCAGCGAGGCGCAGGAGCAGGAGCUGAGCUAUUUACGAGCUGCCGCCGAGAUGGUCAAGUUCCAGCUGCGCCAUGGCAAUGACUUGCUGGCAAUGGACGCCAUCCGUGAUUGUGACGUGAACCUGAAGGAGCAGGGGCAACUGGUUCGGCAGGAUGAGUUCACGAUCUGGUAUGGGAGGAAGAAGUGCCAGAGGCACGUCUUCCUGUUUGAGGACCUAGUCCUCUUCAGCAAGCCCAAGAGAAUCGAGGGAGGACUGGAUGUCUACAUCUACAAGCAUUCGUUUAAGACUGCUGACGUGGGGAUGACAGAGAACUCGGGUGAGAAUGGCCUGCGGUUCGAGAUUUGGUUCAGAAGAAGAACUUCAAAAAACCAGACGUACAUCCUGCAAGCUGGCACAGCAGAGAUCAAACACGCCUGGACAUCAGACAUCGCCAAGAUCCUCUGGCAGCAAGCCACCAGAAACAAAGAACUCCGAAUGCAGGAGAUGGUGUCAAUGGGUGUGGGGAACAAACCAUUCCUGGACAUAAAACCCAGCGAUGCUGCUAUCAACGACAGGGCCAUUGACUACAUAAUGAAGGGAAGAGGAGCCAGGACAAGGGCGUCGAUUGCGGUGUCUCUGUUCGACCACUCCAACCCUUUCAAGAGGGCUCAGGUGAACUCAUCAGUGAGUGGGGCUCCAUCGGCCAGUGGGCCCUCCUCUUCCUCCCUGCUGGGGCCCCUCAACCUGCACAUGUACAGCAGCCAGGCGCUCUUGCCCAGGGGGGAGAGGUCCUUCAUCAGCCCCUGCAUCGAGGAGGAUGAGCUGGAGCACGAGACUAGCAGCCAGCCCUCAAUGACCACGGAGAGCUCAGAGUCGUCGUCCCACUGCAUGUCCGGCAGCGGCUCCAGCGGUUCAGACAGCGGCUGUGUUUCCAGCCACCUCCCGGAGGCCCUGUCCGAGGAGCCUGGCUCCCCCUGCGAGCCCCCUUGCUACUCUGCCGUGAACUCCCCCAUCGAGGACAAGCCGUGCUUCAACAGCCAGUACAUUUCGGCAAAAGCAGGCCAAAUCAUAAGCCCAUCCACUAUAGUGUGAGCGCUGUUACCCUGCUUUAAGUUUAAAGUCCACCAGCUCUCAUCAGCAAGUGUUUUCACAAGAGGAAGAGAGUUCCAAGUAUUUAUUUUUCCUCAUUUAGCCAGCAUAUCUCAUCUCAAAUGGACACUGAAAGAGCUGCAAAUGAGCACUGUU